AGUAGCUCGACCAAUGUGCUCGCUAACGGUAUAAACCAUACGUACAGUUGGACAUUUUACGCUGUCGCGCUCGGGUGCGUCUUUUGCUGCGGUCGGCGGUGCUUUAGUGCAGUCGCUUUAUAUAGUAUGCUUGCGAAAACGGCGGGAAAAUCGUAAAUUAUUCAAAAAAUACAAUGACUACAAUCGCGAAAAGUGUGGUUAAAUAAGUGCGCAAAGAAAUUGUGUGGCAGAGUUAUAGUCUGUUAAGCAUGUAUUAUUGCUACCGUGUUUGAAAAAGUUAACUAAACAUUGAUUAAAUUGUGGCGCAAACUGUAAACAGCUAAGAAAAGCCAAAGAAACACUAACAAAACAGGCAACUGCGCAAUUAAAAACUUUAGCAAAAAAUAACAAAAACACACAGCAAUAUCAACAAAUAUUUCAAAAUUAAGAAACUCACUGGAAUGCAUAAAAUAUAUUCAAAUAACGUCAACAAAAAACUUGACAAGUUGCAAAUUGAGUGAUAAGUAAGUGUGAGAGCCGAUGGUGGCAACACGCAAACAAGCAGGAUACACACGCUACAUAUGGAACAAAGUUUGUUGGAUGCCAACAAAAACAGCAACUACGUCAGCAGUAAGUAGCUGCACUACAAACAAGUGCCACGCACAUAAAUACGGGAAGAGAGUAUUAAGUAGAAGACCAACUAAACGCCACAGCUCGGGUCCAGCCACAAGUUGCUAUACUUCGGCACAAUUUAUACACUAGAAUAUUAUAUUUACGAAAUUUGUAUGUAACUGAUAAUAGUAUUGCCGUUAUAAAUCUACGCAUGUGUGUUAUAGCGUGUAGUUCGACUUGAGCGUAAGCGGCAAAGAAAUUCUUAUUCAGUUUUGGCAACAAGAACUUAAUGAACACUUAGAGACUGCAGAACGCGGUCGUGGCAAAGCGGCUGACUUGUAAAAACGGCGAAUACAGCACAAAAAAAAAAUUAACUAAGUUGAAUUAUAAAAUCAGCAGCCACUUGGUUGAGCGUUUGGCUAGUACACGCAAAGCACACAUUUUAAAAAUUUAAACAGCAACUUCAACGGAAAAGCAGCGCGUACAAUUAGCGCUCUAUUUUGUUGCAACCGGACACAGUAGGUAUUCCGGUAAGCUUACCCACUGCAACCACACACACGGUCGCCUUGUUCCGUGCCAUGGAAAUGGAUGUUAAUCUGCGUAAAGCAAGCGCCAUUGAACUAAUGACCAUAUCGGCGGGCUCCUACAGCAACAAUAAUAAAUUCAACAAUAACAACACCGCACCAUCAUUUGCCUUGCGUCCGGUCGCUGUAGGCACUCCGCCGCCUCAUCGCAUCGGCUGUUGCGGCAUACUCGGUCGGUUGCUUUGCUCCGGCAGCGCUGGCACAGCCAAAACAGCCAGCAGCAGCAGUGACUAUAAUAAUUUGAAUAGUCUGCUGCCUUCCAAUGGUGGAAAUCAUCAAGCGUUGCAUGUGAAUGUGCCGGUUACACCGAGUGCCGCGGCUGUCGUCUCGGCUGUAUGCAACGCGGGUCAUACGCGCCGUCCGCAGUCGCGGCGCACGCCGCAGGAAAUCUACUUCGAGAGCCGUGGAAAGUCAUGCAAGAAGCUACUUAAGUUCAACGGCUACUCAAACAAGAUUCUCCUCUACCCGGAAGAGGGUUGGGCGCGUACAGCCUCCUCCAGUUACUGGACCAUUACACCUUGUUGGUGGCAACCGAAUCGCUGUCGCAUCGAAGAGUUUACCGGCACACAACGGCAAUCGACCAAAGCCAAAAUGAUGCCGCUCGAACAGAAGGGUUCGCUACUCAUCGCUGGACAUUUUCGCAGCAAAAAGUCAUUGACUGGCGGCAGUCCGUUGGGCGGCCGAACUUGUAUGGAUUGUGUUGCUGAUGGUGAUGGUGGUGUUGGUGUUGAUGGUGCGGCUGCUGGUAAAGAGCAGGAAAUUGACGAAUUCAAACUGUAUCUGACUUCGAAUAUCUCGAUGGAGGACUACAAUAUGGGCUAUUGUUUGACCGGUUUCGUGGAGCGACGCUGCCAUCAAACCAACACAUACCAAAUGACCCACUUCGCCGUCAUCAAACGGCAAUGGCCGUCCAUUAGCAGUGCAGAUGCAAAGUCAACACGGGACCGCAACUCUCUGCGGCAGCAUGCAAACUCAAAUUUCACCAAAGCAACUUGACAACUCAACUCAAUUUUAAACUUUCUCUGCUGUUGUAAUACUGGUACUCCCGUCCCCUACCACAUGUCACAGCGAAGGGGAGGAAAAGUUAUUUCAGCCAUUCUUGGAUUUAAUGAUUGUUUGCAUUUGCUGCAAUGGCAUCGGGAAGUUGAAAGAAAUGAGCUAAAUAGCUUUUAAAACACCAAACUGAUACCCCGCAUUUAACGGCGCCAUUGGAAGGAGAUGACCGCGUAUACGGUAACAAGACCGAUCUGUGUGUGGUUGCGUGUGAGUCACUGCAAUAUAAAAUGUUUGUGAAAGCAACUGACCUACGGACAUGUUUGAAAUUCAUUAAACUUGAAAAAUAAAUCAACAGUACAACGUGGUAAAUAAGAGAAUUCAGAAUAUGGCGAAGGCGCAGUGACCUCUCUUACAAACACAUGUACUUAUACAUAUAUCUUAUAAGUUUUCAAGUCUGC